UUGUGCCGGGAAGCGCUGGUGUGGAAGGGUUGAAGCUUCUGCGCAGCUGCUCGUGGCUGGAGACGGGAGGCACUCGCUGCAGUGUCGCCCGUAACGCUGAAAGCAGCUGGAAACAACUGGGAGGUGAUAAAGCUGCAACUGACAGGGAAGGAAAAAUGGUUUCAAGCGGCUCGGACUUGUUUAAGCUGGAAGAUGUGGAGUGGACUGUUACCUCCAGGACUGAACGAAAGUGAUGUUGACUUAAGUUCUGACGAUGGAGAUGAAUUGCAUAGUCCCUGUUCACAGGAAGAUGCAAAUGAUGAUCUUAAAAGAGCUCAGCUUUCUGAAUUGCAAGGGAACGGACCUGAAAGUAGUGGCAUCAGUGAGCCCAUUGCGAUACCAGAGGCGGAUGGAGAAGAUGAGUCUCAAAGGUGCCCUUCUGGAGUUCCUUUAAACAUAUGGAAUAAAUUUGUGGAGCUUCAGAAGAAACACCGUGAAAUGAAGACCCAAGCAAAUCAGGGAAACAAAAGCCGCAAAAGAAAGCGCCGCAGGAAAGAAAAACAGAACAAGAAUGAUGAAGUGACUAAGAGUAGUCAGCAGUUGGCAGAUGAAGACAAAUGGAAAGAACUUACGCAAUACUUUGGAAUCAAUGAUAGAUUUGAAUCCCCCAUGCAUAGCAAGGCUCCACAAAAGUCUGGCCUUGAACUUAGCAUAGAGAAGUCUGUGGCUGAAGGUGACAUUGAUAAGGCUGAGGAGCUGAGUGAUAGAUUAGCCACUCGUGAGCUUGGUGUGAAAAUUGCUAAAGCUGCUGCUUGCCGCAACUUCGUAAAAGCCAAGCAAGAAGCGGAGGCUGCCCAGGAAGCUCGAAAGAAAAAGAAGCUUGCUUGGGGAUUUGAAGCCAAGAAAAGAUGGGAAACAAAAAGCAACAUGGGAUACAUGUAGUCCAUUCUGUCUUCUUCAGGAGGCAAAGACUUGUUUUUACUUGAAGAAUCUUUCUUAAAUCUGAACACAAAAUCCCCUAAACAAAACUCAACACAUCAAGCUCCUUGGGCUUUCUUAAUGCCAUUAGACUGCAGUGUCUGGUUUUGGCUCUCUGUAAUGUAGCCAAAGAAGCUACUUGAACAUCAACUCUAUGUUAAAUUUAGUAUUUUUCACUGCAGAGAAUAUUUGGAGUCUGGAAGAGAACUCUUUAAAGUUGGACUAAAAUACUUGGACAAGACGUGUUGUGUACUGCGCUGCAGUUACAAUGCGUGGGUGUGUGGAGAGGGAUAAGCUUUACCUGCUGAGGUUAAACAGACUUCGUGCAGUAAGUAAAAUACUUCUCUGGUUGCUUGAAAUUUUGCUGGCACUAAAUAAAGAAAACCAAAACCA